AAUAAUUAUUUGAAAUGUUUUGUUUUUGACGCUUGGUCUUUUGCUGUUUGUUUGGAAAUAUUUAUAAUUAUUUUUAACGCAAUAUAAAAACGGGUGUUUUUUUGUAUAUUUUUGCUGACAACUGAAUUCUUGUAAUAUCCUGUAAUGGGCUGUACACAAAGUGAAAUAUCGCCUCAAAAUGAAACGCCUAGAAAAGGGUGUACUGAUGUUCUAUGGCUGGUUAUUUAUAUUAUUUUUUGGAUUUUAAUGAUAAUUGUUGCUGCAAUAUCUUUUGUAUAUGGUAACCCACAAAGACUCAUUAAUGGAUUUGAUUCAUUUGGAAACACAUGUGGUGUAAAGAACAACCAGAAACUUAUAAAUUUUCCAUUAGCGGGCAUAAGCACUAUUGACAAGAAAUAUUUAUUUUUUAUGGAUGUGAAAGAACUACGAAGAUCUCUUAAAAUAUGUGUUAAAGAAUGUCCUAAUAGAAAAAUGGAGUCUCUGACUGAUAUACGAAAUUUUUAUCAAGAAACAGGUUCAAAUCUUUGCAGAUAUGAUAUUAAUCCAAAUAAUGUUACUGCUACUAAGGAUCUGCACAAUUUUAUUGGUCCAUGUCCCACUUUGCCUGUUUAUGACUCAUUUCCACUUUUAAAUAGAUGUUUCCCUAAAUCAGCACAUGACUUAGCGAAACGAGUAUUUAACGAUUUUUAUGACCUUCUUAAUAGUUGGGAUACUGUUGAACAAAUGCUGUCCGAUCUUUAUUCCUCUUGGAAGGAAAUGAUUAUAUGUGUCAUCAUAGCUUUUAUCUGCUCGUUACUUAUGGUUUCGAUUCUGCAUCUAUUGGCGACGUUUGUGUCAUGGAUAUUCAUGAUUAUCGUAUCCAUUGUGAGCGUAGCCGGUACUUGCUUGUUAUGGUACACGUACCAUGAGCUGAGAACUAAGCAGAGGGACUUCUCUGAGAUGAGUUUUUUAUCUGAAUCGCUGAAAAAUGAAAAAGCUUUUUUGUGGUACUCCAUAAUUGCCACUAUAAUAACUGUAAUUUUGCUGUUGCUUGUUUUUGUAAUGCGUUCACGUGUGUCGUUCCUAGCGGCCUUAUUCAAGGAGACCGCUCACUGCCUCGGUUCAAUUCCGUCACUUUUCCUACAGCCAAUAAUUACAUUCUUCUUCCUCGUACUAUUCUUUGCAUUUUGGUCUCUUGUUGUGGUUUGCUUAGCAACAGCCAAUUACCCUGGAAUACCAUACCGCACGAACUUUUUCAUUAAUGGAACCACAAUGCCAGACCAAGUGGACAAAGCAGCCGUUCAAGCGCAAAGUGUUGACAAAAGUGCUAGUCUAAAGACUUAUACCCUCGAUCCGAUUCAGUUCGACCCAAUGUGGGUGAAAAGUAUGUGGUGGAUGUGCCUCAUAUGCUUAGUGUGGGGCAGCGAGUUUAUAUUGGGAUGCCAACAGAUGACUAUUGCUGGUGCUGUAUCCCACUGGUAUUUUAGAGGUCCAAAUGCUCACUCACCUGUUUUGUAUUCAGUAGGAAAGCUCUUAAAGUACCAUUUGGGCUCUGUUGCCAAGGGAUCUUUCUUGAUAACAUUAUUUAAAAUACCAAGACUAAUUCUGACGUAUCUACAUGCUAAAUUGUCAGCUCGGGCUGAAAAAGGAUCUGAAUGUGCAAAAUGUGGCUUGAAAUGUGGAAUAUGUUGCUUUUAUUGCCUAGAGAAGUUUAUACGCUAUUUAAACCACAAUGCGUAUACUAUUAUUACAAUUGAGAGAUGCCACUUCUGUAAGGCUGCUGCUAAGGCAUUCAGCACAGUCGUGAACAACGCAUUACAAGUAGCUACGAUAAACAGCGUGGGCGACUUUAUACUGUUUUUGGGCAAGUGCAUUGUGACCGCGGUGACCGGCAUCGUGAGCUUGCUGCUCCUCAAACGAAACUCUGAGCUGCACUUCUUUGCUGCCCCCACACUUGUUAUCUGCAUAUUCUCCUUCUUUAUCGCACAUUGCAUUCUCUCCCUAUAUGAGAUGGUUGUUGACUCAUUGUUCCUAUGUGUAUGCGAAGACCGUAAUAUAAACGGUGCCGAAGGCAAAUGGAAACAUUCCCGACUUGCUGAACUUGGUGGUCACAAACAGCGCGACGAACAAGAUGGCGCCGAACUGCAGGAUUUGCAGGAGAAGUACUAAUUUUUUUUGUCGUGCUUGUUGCUCAGGGUUCGGCUGAAUGCAAUGUUGUAGAUGUGAAUGAAUUGUUUAUUGUAGUAUCUCCUCUUCUAUCAAUGUUUAACUUAACUAAAGUGGAAAGGGAAAGAAUGAUCGAUAUUUUUAUAUGAAUAUAAUUAUUUUUAAAUUUUACUAUGAAAAUAUGAUAUUAUUAUUGUUUAUAUUAAAAAUUUAAAAUAAAUCAAUUAGAAUAAAGUGAAAAAUGAAAGCAUAUGAAAUGCACAUACAAUGCAAUGUUUGAUGUAAUAUAAAUCUUAAAAUGUACCAUGUUUUUACAAUUUAUAAAUAUUGGGGUUUUGUUCGUUUAAAAAUAUUCUAAAGUUUGUUAUAUCUUAGGAGAUAUAUAUGUAUAUAUCGAUAAUAACCAUGUAUUUACAAUACUGGGGUAUUGUCGAAUAUUAUUAAUCCUCCUAAGUCAUGUCAAGCCUAGCGUUCUAUAUUUAAUUUUGUCAAAAAUGAAAAUAAGUUACUGGCAGUUGCUUUGAUGUGGCUUUUGUCGAAUGUUAUAGCAAAGUUGUUUAGUAUUAGGCCAAGCAUGGGUCCAUUUAUGUAAUAUUUUCUAGAUUUUAGGUAAGUAAAAUUUAAAUAUGUGUGCAUUUUAUUGUCUGAUAUGCUAUUUAUGUUGUAUACUGCAUAAUUAUAAGUUAUUCUGUAACUCGUUAAAAAAACAAUGAUAAAUUUAGUAACAGAGCACAAUGGUAUAUUAUUAUGAGAAAAUAUUUGUUUCACAGCUGAAUCGAGUGUUGAUCCGCGAUCUCCAGAGUGCUUAUAAGAAAUCUUACGCUUAAUUACUAUAAUAAUUUUAUUUUAAAAUAUUGAUAUAUAAAUCAUUAUUAGUACGUAAUAAUCUGUCCAUAAUAAUUGUGUGAAUUUUUGAAAUUUUAUACACUUUAGCUAGUUGUUAAUAUAAUAGAUGUAUUUAGUUGUAUUAAUUUAUACACUUUUUCAAAUUUACUUAAAGUACAAAUCUAAUUUUUAUAUUUUUAUUAGGGCGACGCGUGUCUGAAAACGGAGCCUGCGUGAGUUCAGGCUUAAGAUAGUAUAACAUUGCAUGCCACAAUCAUUAUGAUACGAAACUGUACAUUAAGAAAGUAUAUUUUAUAUGUAAUUUUAUUAGGCCUGAAUAGAUGAAAUUUUUUAGGUUGUGUGACAAAAUUGAUCUUUAAAAGACAGACUUAGUUACAGUUUUUACUUGAUGUAUUUUUUAUUUAUCAUAUAUACCGUCCACUUUCCAAUGCAGUUAAAAUUUUUAGAAUUUGUAUCUCAAUGGUCGGAAACAAUAAUGUUAUCUAUCGCCAAUUUAAUGUUUUUAAGCCUAAAAUUAGGAUUUUCUUUAUAUUUUUAUACAAGACAAAUGAUUUAAGAUAUAUUUACAACACUGGAAUGUACACGGAUCUUGAUGGACGUAAUAAAUUUACAAAAUUAUAUUUAACUAUAAUAAAGAUGAAUAGAGCUUGCUAUAUUAAUGGUAGUAAAUAAGCUAUAUCUACAGUGAUUAUAAUGAUCUAAAUUUCCUAUCGUUGACUGUCUUUGUAUAUAUAUAU